CCCCUGCCUGGGGUGGGUGGGGGGGAGGAGGUGAUGCUGCCACUCUUGCAAUGAGCACGCCUGGCCUCAGCCCUGAGAUUGCAGGGGCUGAGGCAGGCAGCGGCAUCGGGUUCUGCUCCCUGCCCACGUGCAGGCAGGUUUAUAAAUAAUUAACGGUUAAUCAGGGCCGGGCCUAAUUACCCAGGGGUAACCGGAGAGGAGGUCGGGCCGGAGAGCGCAGCCCUGCUUCGGCGUCCUGCCGCGGGGCUCGGUGCGGGACAUGGCACCAUGGAGCGCAGCCGGGCAUCGCCGCUGCGUUGGAGGGGGCCCUGGAUCCUCUGCCUGCUGCCGGCGCUGGUGGGGGGUCAACCGCUGGCAGCCGGGGAGGUGGCUUACAAGGAGCAGACAGUGACGGGGGUACGGGGCCGGGCCGUGGAGCUGAGCUGCGGGCCGGCAGCGGCAUCGGCGGCGCCGGCGGUGGUCUUCUGGAGUUUCACGGGCUCGGGACCGCCAAGGGCCGUGGCGGUGGGCUCGGGCGGGGAGGCGGUGGUGGCCCCCGGCGCAGGAACGCUGGGCCGGGUGACCCUGCGCAACGGGACGCUGGAGCUGCGGGAGCUGCGGGCGGCCGCCCAGGGCCGCUUCCUCUGCCAGGGGCUCUUCCCGGAGCGGGGACGGCUCCGCGUCGGCUACGCCGCCAUCCUCCUGCGCGUCCUGGUGCCCGUUUCCAAGCCCUUCGUGCGGCCGACGGCGGCGGUGGCGCCGGAGGGGGCGGCGGUGGCCCUGACGUGCGCCGUACGGGAGGGAACGGAGCCGCUGAGCUUCUCCUGGCAGCACCGGGAGCCCCGGGGGGGUCCCUCAGCGUCCCCCGCAGGGCUGGGGGGCUCCGGGGCAGAGCUGCGCCUGACGCCCGCCAACCGCAGCCACGCCGGCUGGUACGCCUGCACCGUGCACAACGAGGUCAACAACCAUACCAGCGAGCCCGUCUACCUGGACAUCGUCUACGGCCCCGAUGAGCCGGCCAUCAGCGUGGAGCCCUUCUUCCCCGAGCAGGGGGGCUUCUCGGCGGGCGAGCGGGAGGACGUGGUGCUGAGCUGCCUGGCUCCCUCCAACCCCCCCAGCCGCUACGUCUGGCUCCACAACGGUUCCCAGGUCCACACCGGCCAGACCUACGUCAUCGCCGCCAUCGCCCGCGCCCAGGCGGGCACCUAUACCUGCCUGGCCGAAAACACCCAUCUCCAUACCCGCACCCAGGCCACCAUCGUCCUCACUGUCUACUAUCCACCAGCCGGGAGCCCCAGCUGCUCCGCCGUAGCCACCGGUGACCUGCGGGAUGUGGCCCUGCGGUGCCGCUGGCUGGGGGGCUUCCCCCCAGCACGGCUGCGCUGGGUGGGCCCCCAGGAGGAGGAGGAGGAGGAGGAGGAAGAGGGGAUGAUGGGGAGCAGUUUUUCCAUGGCUGCCAGCAUCCAGCCAGGUGCGGCCACCAGGAACGGCAGCUCCUUCUCCUGCCUGGCCUCCCACCCCGCGCUGCCACAGGGGGCUGCCUGCGGGACCACCCUCUGGGUCCCGGCCGGCGGCCCCUCCUGCGCGGCAGCGGCCACCAAGGGCGACGAGUACGUGAUGCUGCGGUGCCGGUGGGAGGGGGGGACGCCGCCGGUCACCCUGCGCUGGCACGACGGCGGGGGCCGGGCGUUGGGAGACCCCGCGCCCUCCGCCACCGUCCUGGUGCUGAGCGCCGACGGCAGCUUGGGGGGCCGGGAGUUCGUCUGCGCGGCUGCCCACCCGCUACGGGCCGCCGGCGCCGAGUGCCGCCUGCGGCUGGAGGUCCCCGAACUCGAGGCAGAGAGGAGCGAGGUGGCAGUGCUGGAGGGCAGCGAGGCGCGGUUGGCGUGCCGGCAACGCGGCGGCGGCGGCCCCGAUCUCGGUGCCGCCGUAGCUUGGUACGAUGCCAAGGAGCGGGAGGUGACGCCAGGGUUGGCCAAGUAUUGGUUAGAGCGGGGAGAAGCGUGGGUCAACCUCACCAUCCGGGAUGCCGAGUGGCCGGGAGACGGCGGGAUCUACCGCUGUGCCGCGGCCAAUGCCGUGGGCAGCGCCAGCCUCCCCGUCCGCCUCCGCGUGGACCGGUACCCGGCCCCCCCCAACGUCACCAUCAGCAAGCUGCGGUACACGCGGGCGCGCACCGAGGUGCGGCUGGAGUGGCGGACGCAGGGCACCGGCAACCUCACCGGCUUCGUGGUGCAGCGGCGCCAAGCUAAGAAACCCCCCCGCCGUGUGCCCGGCCCCUGGGAAACUGCCGCUGGCGACAUCGAGCCCCACUCCCGUGACCGGCGCCUGGGGGGGCUGGACCCGGCUGUGGUCUACGCCUUCCGCGUCCUGGCCGUCAACCACCGGACAGCCGGGCACCCCUCCGAGGUGCAGACGCCAGCUGAGCCUCCCUUCGAGGCCUACCCAGCAGUGAUGGGGGCAGCAGCGGUAGGGAUGGUGGUGGCCACCAUGGCAUCGUUCCUAGCCGUGCGCUGCGUCACCCGCCACCGGGACGCCCUCCCACGGCUGCACGACCUGCUCUUCCGCACGGCCGGUCCCGGUGCCCAGGAGCCCAUCGGCGUGCCAGAGGAUGCCGAAACAGCCGCAAGCAGGGACGACGGAGCAGCAGCACCGGCACCAGAAGACCCGGCUGCCCCCGGCGCAGCAGCAGAGCCGCGCUCGGCACCGCCGGACACCACCGACGACCAGCCGGUUAACGUCACCAUCACCGUGACAGCGACGCCAUAACCUCCGUUUCCAUUUUCUCCCCUUGUUUCACAUCCCGGGACCGUGGCGCUCACCCAUGCCGCAUCCCGCUUGUUCCUUCCUAUUAAUAAAGACGGGAAGGGUGGAUGCAUCUCCCAAGCCUCAGCUCCUACGGUGCUGCCGAAGUCAAAACUCAGCAGCUGGAAAAAUAUCCGCGAUCCAGACCUGGCACAAAAAUUUGGGGCUGGUGGCAAAGGGGGUUUGCUUCUUUAAAAUAUUUAAAAAGGGUUUUCUAACCCCCAAAAAGUACGGAGGACCGUUGAAAUCGUGAUACAGCCCAGGCAGUAAGAAAUGUGGGAGGCUUCGCCAAAAAGCUCACACCAGGUUUUACCCAUGGCUAUAAAAAGCAGCACAGCCCAAGCAUGAGGAUGAGCCUGCUGGCACCUGGCAAUAGCCCCUCCAGCUCAGCUUCGAGACUUCAGUUACUUCUGGAGCUAAAAUAAACUUUUAGGCUAAAAUAAAUAUUUUCUCACUGAUGGGGAAAAAACCCAAGGGCCAAAGCUCCGCUCUCAGCCCAAGGGCUUGCGUCGGCUGUGGUCGUGGAUGCUGUUUUGGGACCAUGCUGAAUUUUAUGCGGUGCUAAGAAAGGACAAAGCUGUGGUGGGGUGGGGAAGGAGUCCUCGUCUUCACCCCAAACUCCCCAUUUUCAGGCCAAACUGCAGGAUGUUAAAAAUAGCGAUUAGUGAUGGUUUUUCCCCAUGUUGGUGCAAGCAGUGAGGGAGGCGGGGGCCAAGGAAAGGGCCAAGCGGUCCCCAGCUUUCCCUGGCCUUCGUCUUCUUGUGUGCGUGAUAAACGAGAGCAUCUCUGGCCAUUUUCUCCUGUAUUUGGUUAAUAACCUGUUGGGAAGUAUCGAGUGAUGAGAACCAACCUCACUUCAGUGCUCGUGGAGUAUCAAUCCCCUCUCCUGCCAUUAAAGCAGCAUCACACUCUCUAUCAAACCACCCCCCAAAAUAACCACCCUACCCCAACCCCCUGCAAAAUCAGCAU